CGAGCGCCCCGCGGGAGGGCGAGAGAUGGGCAGAGGCGGCGGCGGCGGCUGGGGCAGUGGCAGUGCCCAGCAGCAUGCGUCUGGCCGGACCAUGGGCUCCACGCGGGUGACGGCGAGGGAGCUGUGUGAGAAUGACGACCUGGCCACCAGCCUGGUGCUCGACUCCUACCUGGGCUUCAAGACCCACAAGAUGAACGUCAGCCCGCUCCCUGCCAUCCGGAGGCAGCAUCACCUGCGGGAGGCGGUGGAGGCGUUUCGCCGGCGCCGGGACCUGGACGCCGCCUACCGCGCCCUCAUGCUGGGCGAAUGGGCCGGCUCCUACUUCAAGAGCCGCAGCCGCCAGCAGGAGACGGCGCUGAAAACCCACAUACUCCGCUACCUCCGCAUCUUUCUCCCGGAGAGCGGCUUCGCCAUCCUGCCGUGCAGCCGCUACUCCCUGGAAACCAACGGCGCCCAGGUGGUGUCUACCAAGUCCUGGAGGAAGAACGACAAGCUGGAGCUGCUGGUGGGCUGCAUCGCGGAGCUGACGGAGCCGGACGAGAGCCUGCUCCGAGCCGGGGAGAACGACUUCAGCAUCAUGUACUCCACGCGCAAGCAAUGCGCCCAGCUCUGGCUGGGCCCCGCCGCCUUCAUCAACCACGACUGCAGGCCCAACUGCAAGUUCGUCCCGACAGAGGGGAACACGGCCUGCGUCAAGGUACUCAGGGACAUCGAGCCGGAGGAUGAGAUCACCUGCUUCUAUGGCGACGGCUUCUUCGGGGAGAACAACGAGCUGUGUGAAUGCCGCACCUGUGAGAGGAAGGGGGAAGGCGCCUUCCGGCUGCGGAAAAAGGCCCCCUCGCAAUCUACCUCAGCCCAGAAGAAAUACCUGCUGCGGGAGACGGACGGGCGGCUGCAGCGCUGGAAGGGGCGGGUCUGCAAACAGGGGCAGCAGCAGAGCUUGCGGCGGCGGCGCAGGGCCCGGCGCAGGAGGGAGCGUGGCUGCGCUUCCCGGCUCCGAGCUCUGUGCCGCGGGCCGGCCGCCUCCCUUGCGGCUCUGGGCGCCGGCCCGGUGCAGGACCUGCGCAUCCCCCUGCACGAUUGCGUGGCCUGCCGGGCCGCCGGGGGCGCCGGCUGUCGGCUGCGGAGGCCGCUCUGGGUCACCCUGCCGUGGUGGCGCCCCAGGGCCAGGCAGCCUGGCUCUGCGCCGGCCGGCGCCGUCGGCCUCCGGCGCUCCCUGCGCAGACGCCGCCGGGCGCAGCGGGACAACAGCUGCUGCUGCACGGCCGCCGGCCUGGGUGUCCUGUGGCCCACGCCGCCCGGCCCGACCCACAUGGAGUUGGGGGGCAGGCUGCCCAGGGGGCUGGCAGGGCAGGGCUCUGGGGCGCAAUCCCCCCUGGCUGGGGGGCUGCACGGGGUCAGAGCCGCCGGGAGCUGCCUCAGACAGGGCCUGCGGGAGACUCGGCCGUGCCCAAGGCCCUCGGGCGGAGUUCUGGAGCUCCGGGCUGGGGUCACGGGGCCCCCUAGUGGAGCUCUGAAGCUCUGCGCUAGGGACACACAGCUCCGCGCCGGGGACUCAGGGCCCCCUGGGGGAGCUCUGGAGCUCCGUGCUGGGGACACGCAGCUCCAUGCCGGGGACUCAGGGCCCCCUGCUGGGGACACACAGCUCCGUGCUGGGGACUCAGGGCCCCCUGGUGGAGCUCUGGAGCUCCGUGCUGGGGACUCAGGGCCCCCUGGUGGAGCUCUGGAGCUCCGUGCUGGGGACACGCGGCUCCGUGCUGGGGACUCAGGGCCCCCUGGUGGAGCUCUGGAGCUCCGUGCUGGGGACUCAGGGCCCCCUGGUGGAGGCCUGGAGCUCCGCGCCGGGGACUCAGGGCCCCCUGGUGGAGGGACACAGCUCCAUGCUGGGGACUCAGGGCCCCCUGGUGGAGCUCUGGAGCUCUGCGCUGGGGGGACACAGCUCCAUGCUGGGGACUCAGGGCCCCCUGGUGGAGGCCUGGAGCUCCGCGCCCCUGCUCCUCAGCCCCCCAGCCAGCUGGUCUGUCGGACCAGGAGCAUGGCCCGGCGGCAGGCCAAGGCCACGCCCCCUGCCAGGCCCCACCCCCCCACCCUGAGCCGCCGGCGGCCGGCCAGCCAGGCGCCCCCGGGCAGAGACGACCCCAAGCUCUCCCUCUACGCCCACGUCCGCCUGGAGCCAGUGAGGCCGCGCCGGGCGGAGCAGGAGCCCAAACGGACGGUGACCUUUCACCCCUUCGCCCCCCCGAAACGCCUGCGGCUGGUGGUGAGCCACGGCUCGAUCGCCCUCGACGUGGCCUCCAGCGAGGAGUCGGCCUGAGGCUCUGGGGCCAGGAGGGGCCCAGCUCCCUCCUCACCUGCCUGCCCCCCCCCAGCCCACGGGAUUGCACUGAGCCGCCGCCCACCUGCCCCACUGGACAGAGCUUCUCCGGAGCUCCUCCCCCCCCAGGGGGCCUGGGGUGGAACCGGGCCCCUGGGGGGUUAUUUAUAGUCAGUCGGACAGGAGGCCCCAGGCCUGAUAAGGGGAGUGGAUGCGAACAGGCUCCUGGGACGUGGGGCCUGUCCCCUCUAGGGGGCGCUGGCCUGGGUCCGGCCCCAGGGCAGGGACUGGCUGGCUCAGGGGGGCAGGGAAUGGGGUUCGGGGCCUGUCCCCCCUGGGGGGCGCUGGCCUGGCUCCAGGGGACCAGCUGGCUCAGGGUGCCAGGCCCUGAUCUCACCCCAGAGUCAGAAGUGGUUGGAAAGUGGGGCACUGGGCAUGGGGAUGGGGGGACUCCCACCCCCCGCCUGCCCCCCCCGGCCGUGGGGCACAGGUCUGCCCUGUCCUGCCCCCAGCCGUGUACAACACCCAGACCUUGGCUCAGGCUUUCGGUGGGGACCGGGCCAGAUGCCCUGGGGAGGCACCAGCCCACUGCCUGGCAUCCCCAUGCACCCCCUAGAGUUGGGAGCUACACACAGGGCACCCCCAAAUCCCAUGGCCCCCGUCUCCCCAGCAUCCUUAGCCCUCGGCAGGCCAGCCCUGCGGCCGGGGGCACAGGGUGGCGUUCAGAUGCUGCCCGGCCCAGGACGCCUGGGUUCCCCCCCGGGCUGUACAGGGGGGUGAGUUCGUUAGUUGAUCUCGUUAGGGGCUCGGUUUGAUCCCCCCGUCCUCACCUCAGAGGCGUCCCUUGUGUUUAGAUUGGAAGGGCCAGAUCCCCCGCCCCCCCCCGGUGUCACUGGGCCGGAGCUCCGUUGGACUAAGUGGGGCCAGCCCCCAAUGGAGCAAGGGCCGAUUAACCCCAGGGGGGGCCGGGGCCGGGGCCGUUCCUCUCCCCUCCUCCAUCUCUGGUGCUAGUUCUGCGGUUUUUCUCCCUCAAUCCCCAGCUGCUGGAGUCAGGGGGUGAGGGGAGAAUCGUGUUUGAUAAACUUUUCCCCAUGGGGGGGGGCCCAGGUGGCUCCCCCCAACCCCCCGAAAAAGGGGUCUGGCCUGACUGCAUUGAAAGCUCCUGGGGUCGUUUGCGAUCGCAUCAAUUUUCGGUCUUGAGGCCCAGCUGGUGGAUUUUGAUCCUGGGGGCUGAUCUGGGGGGGGCCCCCAAAGGGAUUAAUUUCUAGCACUCCCCAGAGCUUUGUGUUCCUUGCUCCCUUACUGGCUUGGGAGGGUGGGGGGGGGUGACCCCAGGCUGGUUAAAGGGGGUUCUGAACACCCCGCACCCCGAUUGCAUGACGUAGUCUUUAGGGUUCUCUGUAGUGGGGGGCUGGGUCCAAAGGAUAGUAGGGGCAGUAGAAGAUGGGGGUGGGGGGGAGCCAGGACUCCUGGGUUCUGGCUCCAGCUGUGGGAGGGGAGUAGGGUCUAGUGGUUGGGGGGGGAGGGCUGAGAGCCAGGACUCCUGCAGUCAGACUCCAGUUGUGGGACAGGAGUGGGGUGUGAGGGGGAAGGGGCGGGUGGGAGGCAGGACUCCUGGGUCCCAACCCCAGCUGUACCUGGGUCCAGUCACGUCACCCCUGUGCCUCAGUUUCCCCAUCUGCAAAAUGGGUUUCACACUUACCUACCUCACUGGGGAAGGGAGGCGAAGCCAUUUCUGAAGCAUCCAGGCAACCCCACCCCGAGCCAGGGUGCAGCCCCCCCUUCCCUGCCCCCCACCCCCGCCGUGGGGCCUGCAGAGCCCGAGCUUUGCGGACAGGGUGGGGGGAACCUCCUGUUCCAGCCCAGCUGACCUGAAACUCCCACGUGGCUUGUGCUGGUGAGAGAUUCCCCCCCACCCCAUUCAGCCGCCCCUGCUCCCCACAGCCCCCCUUGGGGCUCAGGGUUGGCCCUGCCAAGGCAGAGGGUGGCCGGACACCUGGGUUCUUCCGGGCGGGGGGUGCGGGGAGGACGCUAAGGCUGUUACACCUGCUGAGCCGUGUCUCUCCAGGGCGGGGGGGGGGUCUGCACUGGAGGAGGGGUUGGGACUGGAAAUAUGGGGUGACUCGCACCCCCCCGACCUACCCCCACAGCUGAUCCCAGGGUGGGGGGGUGAAUUGGUGCUAGGGGCACAGGGUGCAAAGCU